AUGCUUAGCAGCUUUAGUGUUGCUGUGCCCUUUAACCAAAGAUCUGCAGAAAACAACAGGCCUGACUGUGUUGAAAAGGAGCAGAACGAUGGAUAUGUCGUCGACGAGAAACCUGAAGACAAUGGUACAAACUUGGACGCUCCAACACCUAUCAACGUUGAUACGCCCGGCGACAAACUUCCCUGGGUAAAACCCGGCAGCUAUAAGGCUGUAGCUUGCGAACGUUCCAAAAAGGAGAAGUUUUGCGGUAGCCAAUCAUUUUGCAUGCUUUACAAUUUCGGCUUCAGGCCUGACGACAGGUACAAGAGUGCCCAUGAAUGCCUCGCAGCCAGAGAGAAACGACCGGCUCCCAAGGUUGUCUACCGAGGGGACAACCGGGCUCCCGAGGUAUUCCAAAAAGCAGGCGGAAUCACUCCCACGCUCGACAGACCAAUGUUAAACGAGUCUUAUAGCUUGAAGGCGCACCAUGAAGGAAGAAAACUGGUCCCCACGGCGUACAGCUCGACUACGUCGCUGUUUGGCACUGCAUUCGGGUAUUCACUCAGGAAUAAUAAAGGGGAUGGCUGGGUCUAUAAGAUACACCCUACCCCGAAUAUGAUAGACCUGGGCGCAUCGAACUUUACCCUCGAAUGGUUUAACGAGGAGGAGUUUUCCGCUCUAGGAGGAAUACGUUGGGACCAGGUUGAAGCCUGGAUGGCUAUUCCUAACAUGGUCACUGGGAAAAAGAUUACGUCAGACGAUCCCCAUAUGUUUAGGGAGGAAGAGGCCUUUAUUAAAAAAUUUCCUGAGCAGAAGUGGAUCAAGAACGAUGAGUAUAACCCAAAAUACGACGAAUUCACUACUAGCGGCGGGCAGCCACAGCUGGCCGGCGACGAUUUCAACCUUGAGAAAUAUAAGGAAAAGACGCUGGAGCAAUGGGCUUUUGACUUUUUAGACAAGAAUGGCGCGCCUGUGGGCUGGACUGGUACCUUUCCCUUUAUUGGACCCGCGGAGAGUGAUCCCGUCAGAAAGAUCUGA